AUGCGAAAUAAUUACCUGCAUUCGCCGGGCUGCUGUGAGCCUUUUGGGGCGCGAGUUCGUUCUCCAAUCAGAGGCGAGACUCUCCAAUCAAAAGGCGAGACUCUCCAAUCAGAGGCGCGAGUGUCGGCUGUCAAGUCUCGUGCGCAUGCAUGGAUGCGUUGGCAGAGUCCACCUUUUGAAGGUGAGGCUGUUGCUGAGUGGCUCGAAGGCGGGGAUCGAGCCCGCUGUAACUGGCAGCAACUGCAGCGCAAGUGCAGCGCAAGUGCAGCGCCCGAGCCGCUGCAAUUUGGCCAAGCUGGAGACCUGGAAGACCUGGAGCCCGCUGUUGCCCAUGGCGGCCACCUGCGCCUAGGCCGCAAGCAGCAUAGCGCCGCCUGCCGGUCGCCCAAAUCUGAUGCAGCCCCAAGGAGAGUGUCGCAUCCAGCGUCACGGGCCAAAACAUGCAACUUGCAACCGCCAACUGCAAACUGCAAACUGCAGGCUAUCGCGGGCUUUCGAACUGACUCUGAGCGUCUCUCUGCCGCCAUCUCUGCCUUCUUACACUCCAUCUGCUUUGCGCUGUUCACGGCUCGGCGACCAGGACGGACGUUACUCGGCCCGGGAUCCCCUGGCGGCCAGAAACAGCGACGCCGCGCCUCGCGAAAUUUGACUCGUUGCCGCGGCUCCUGGUUCUGGUUCUGGCUCUUGUGGGUGAUUUGCGCCUUGACUCUCCCGGGAGCGCAUCAGAAGCGCCUCCAUUUGCGUGUGUAG